AUGGACACCGAAGGGGACGCGGCCACUGAUAGUCUGUGGCAGAAGGCAAUGGUUCUGGUGCCCAACAGCACGGUGGGGGUGUCGGCCAGUGAGGUGUCACAGCCAGAGCUGGAGCGGUCUCCCUGCAUGGUCGGCAUCUUUGCCAUAGUGUAUUACAGCGUCUUGCUGGGGCUGGGGCUGCCAGUGAAUGUCCUGACUGCCGUGGCCCUGUCCCGCUUGGCCACGAGGACCAAGAAGUCAUCAUACUGGUACCUGCUGGCCUUGACCACCUCCGACAUCCUCACCCAGGUCUUCAUCAUCUUUGUGGGCUUCAUCCUGCAGACGGCCAUCCUGGCCCGGGCAGUGCCCAGCGCCUUCAUCCACACUGUCAACGUGCUGGAGUUCACAGCCAACCAUGCCUCCAUCUGGGUCACCGUCCUGCUGACCAUGGACCGCUACGUGGCCGUCUGCCACCCACUGCGGUACCGAGCCAUCUCCUACCCCCAGCGCACCCGCAAGAUCAUUGGGGCUGUCUUCGCCGUGGCUCUGGCCACAGGCAUCCCCUUCUAUUGGUGGUUGGACGCGUGGCGUGACGCCAACCCCCCCACCACCCUGGACAUGGUGCUCAAGUGGGUGCACUGUGUCACCAUCUACUUCUUGCCCUGCAGCAUCUUCCUAGCCACAAACACUAUCAUCAUCUGCAAGCUGAAGCAGCGGAGGUGCUCGAGGGGUGGCCGGCCCCGCUUGAGCAAGACCACAGCCCUCCUCCUGGCUGUCACCACUGUCUUUAUUGUCCUCUGGGCUCCCCGAACCAUCGUUAUGAUCUGCCACCUCUACGUGGCCUCAGUCAAGAGGGACUGGCGCGUGCACCUGGCCUUGGACAUCGCCAACAUGGUGGCCAUGCUCAACACCACCCUCAACUUCUUCCUCUAUUGUUUCGUCAGCCAGACCUUCCGCUGCACAGUGGGUGAGGUCCUCCGGGCCCACCUCUGGCAUGGACCCCAUCCUGGCAGCAGCCGCUUCCCACUCCCAGCCCUGAAAAGGCUGGAGCUGCUGCCCAGCACAACCCUCUGAGCUGGGGCUGCUGCCAGCCGGGGCGGCGCUCGGCUCGGGGUCCCGGUGCUCACGCAGCCCCAUCCAUUGCCCCGGGACCCAGCGAGACUCUGCCCCAGGGACACUGCUUCUGCGGCACCCGCUCUCCGCAGAGCUGGGGGUAAACGCAGGUGCUGGUGGUGAUGGCAAAAGGAGGAGGUUGUGCCCAGCCAUCUGGUUGUGCUCCUUCGGGGCCACCAGGGUGUCCUGCCUGGUGGCAACACCUACUGCACUCCAGGUUCUCCUGCCGCUUCCCUGAGCCAUACCAGGACAGGCAUUUCCACCAUGGCCAUGCUCAGCCGCUCAGGAUGUGCGGCAUUCCCAAGAAAUUCAGCCAUGAGGCAGCAAGGAUGUGUCCAAGCUCAGCAAUGGGAGCCGCUGCCUCGCUCUGCGUGUGCCCCCUGGACUGGGCUCCUCUCCAGCUCCACAGUCCUGGGUUUUGUGGGGCUUCCAUGGCUGGGGAGCACGACGAUGGUCUCGGCUGCUCUGCUGCAACAGCUCCAGCCCAUGCUGAACCGACGCACCGAAGGUUCUGGGAUACUCAGCAGGCACGGAUGCCCCAUGGUGAGGGGACGGAUGCAGUUGAGCUCCCGCAGGCCCUGGCGAAGACACAGUGCCCGCUGGGUGCCGAUGGAAUGGUCCUUCCUCUAUAAACUGCUGUGCUAGGAUCAAAAAUCUACUGGGUUUGGCUUUCCUGCGAGAGGCCACGCUGGGGACACCCUACACCAGCUCCUCCAGGCGUGGGGUCCCUUUGCCUGGCCCCGAACUCUCAGCCCCACCAGGGUUGGUGCUGGGGUUCCACAUCCCCACUGCGGGUCUGGGCGCAUGGUGAGACCUCAGCUCUGGGUGUUGCAGCCACGUCCCACCCGUUAUCUCCCCCCUUCCCCCAGGGAUGUCCAUGACAUCCUGGGGUAGUCACCCUGCAAGGCUGGAGCAUCUCCCACUGGCUUCAAGAGAGGGGUAUCACAGUGCUCCCGUGCAUCGAAUGCACCCAGCACCAGUACCACUUUCCCAAUUACACCAGUACCACUUUCCCAAUUACACCAGUACCAUACUGGCAUGAUGCUGGGCGAGCGGCUGUGCUGUACCAGCCUGCCUGGCCCUUGCUGCCACCAGAGGGCAGGGAUAGGACAUCCUGCAGAGC